AAUUAUUUCGGAUACCCUUGGUUGGGAAGAGCCGAAGUGGGUCGUUAUUCAACAUUAUUCCCAAAACUCAAAACAUACAGCCAUGGCACCGUCGAGCUCCUCUGCCGCCUCUACAGGUAUUCCGACGCCAAAACAAUCACUUGGUUUCGUAGCCACUGCACUCAAAAGAAAAGACAGUUUCAUCCAGUUCUUCGCCAUGACUGGAAUCUUGCUGCUAAGCAUGCGAUCGGUAAGUCAAAAAUACCGAAUCCAAGAACUCCAAGACGAUACCAACGCCUUGCAGGAAGAGAAAAAUUCAAUCUCCGAUCGAAUCAAUCACAUCAAAAGCAGCCUCCUUGCUGAAGCCGCCCUCGAUACCACCGGCGCCUUCGCCGCCAGGCUCCGCAUUCUCUUUGGCGACAACAAUUGAUAUGUGAGUCGAAAAUUUUAGGGCUUCUAAUCUACUCGCUGCUUAAUCUUAAUUUUGUAGUGUAUCAGAAUCUGUUACAUAUAGGGAUUUAAGGAUUAUGCUUUGAUACUACAACAAAGGUCUGAAAUUUUCAAUUUUGAUAAUAAUUUCGGCUGUGAUCCUUGUGGUCGGAUUUACUGCUACUUAUAAAACCUUAAAAUGAUAUUUUUUUUAUCUGCA